AUGCCCACUCCUGAAUCCGAGGGCUUUUUGCGCCAGAAGCCCAAAGUCCCGCCCACGUUCGAAGGUGUCGAUUUCCAAGACAAUGAGGCGGUCGCCGACGCCAGAGAUGCCAUCAUCCGGGAGCAGUGGGUUCAGAAAAUGAUGCGGAGGCUGGUCGGCGAAGAGAUGGGAAAAUGCUACGCCCGUGAAGGAGUCAACCACCUUGAGAAAUGUGGGAAAUACAGAGACCGCUACCUGCAACUCCUCAAAUCCACCCGCGAACUUGGUUUCCGAGGCCGGCAGCAGAAUUAUAUCCCCGGUGUUGAUGGUCCCGCUGGCGGUCCAGAGGUCCUGACAAAUUAUCCCAGUGCGCAAGAAGCCAAGGGUUCAAGAGGGUCAGAUACAAGACCUGGGAACACAACCGGCAAGGGUGGCUCGACGCUGUACUAG